AUGUCUACUGACAAUCAAGAAAUUGGAGCUGAAACUAGAGUUCAAGGCUCUACCAUUUCUGCAACUCAAAGCAACCAGGUUCUGAAUUCCAGAAAUCCUCUUGAGGAUCCCUCCGAUCCCUAUUACCUUGAGCACGGCGAUAACCCCGGCAACAUUCUGUUGGUAAUUUCUGUCAAAAACAAAUUAGGAUUCUUGAAUGGUUCUAUCCCUAAACCUCAUAUCUCUGAAUAUAAUCUUUACAAUGCUUGGAUAAGAAACAAUAACAUCGUUAUUUCUUGGAUUCUCAAUUCCGUUUCUAAAGAAAUUUCUUCUAGUUUGCUUUACGAUGAAUCUGCAGCUACUAUAUGGACAGAUUUGAAGAUCAGGUUUCAUCAACAAAAUGGUCCACACAUAUUCAAUCUCAGGAAGAAUUUGAUGAAUCUUCGUCAAGAAAAUCAAACCAUAAGCAUGUACUAUACUCGACUGAAAACAAUAUGGAAAGAAUUGUCCAAUUAUAGACCCAAUUGUACCUGCAAUGGAUGCACUUGUGGUGGUGUAAAAAGGCUCCAAGAACACCACCACAUGGUGUACAUCAUGUCAUUUUUAAUGGGACUUUUAGACCAUUUUUCUCAGAUUCGCAGCAGCGUUCUUUUAAUGGAUCCUAUGCCAGAAGCUAAUCGGGUUUUCCAUCUUGUUACCCAAGAAGAAAACCAUUAA